GAGAACUACAAUUACCAGCGUGCUUUGCUGUAGAACUAGCGGAUAUCCGGUGUGCCGGCUAGUUGACGUGUCCUUGUUUCUGGGGAGGGCUUCGCAAGGCUUACGCUGAUCAGUGAGAGCUGGCAGUCUGCAGGAUGAAAGCUUUAUUUAUAGCUGUUUUGGGCCUUCUGGCAGUUGCCAGGUGUGAAGAUGGUGCAAGAUUAUUGGCCUCUAAGUCCCUUCUCAACAGAUAUGCAGUGGAAGGAAAAGAUUUGACUCUCCAGUACAAUAUCUACAACGUGGGAUCCAGUGCGGCAUUGGAUGUGGAGCUAUCAGAUGACUCUUUCCCUCCUGAGGAUUUUGGUAUAGUUUCCGGCAUGCUCAAUGUGAAGUGGGACAGAAUUGCACCUGCCAGUAACGUCUCCCACACUGUGGUCCUCAGGCCAUUAAAAGCCGGCUACUUCAAUUUUACUUCGGCCACAAUCACAUAUCUGGCCCAGGAGGGAACACAAGUUGUGGUUGGAUACACCAGUGCCCCAGGACAAGGAGGCAUUCUGGCCCAACGUGAGUUUGAUCGGCGGUUCUCUCCUCAUUUUCUGGACUGGGCUGCCUUUGGAGUGAUGACUCUCCCAUCUAUUGGAGUUCCCCUCCUGCUGUGGUACUCAAGCAAGAGAAAGUAUGAUACCCCCAAGCCAAAGAAAAACUGAAUUUAAACUAACAGACGCUCUGGAGAGAAAAAACAAAACACCACCACUUGCGCUUCAGACAAAGGGGGGGCGGGGGUGUAACUGCACUGUGCAGGGCUGGAGCCCUCCAAUCUCUUCUGAAGUAACCUCCUGUAUAUUCUAAACAGCUCAUCAUUCAGUGAACAAAUAUGUACUCUGCAAAACAAUUCAACAGUCUUGUGGCACAGUAUUUACUAUUGGAGAAGUGCUUAGAAAGCAUCUGCAAGUUUUCUGCCAGCUGCCACGUGGGGUUAUUUAGAAUUCAUCCCUAAUUUUAUAUCUUCAGCUAUCAACAUCCUUUUUGUGAACAAGAAUCUAGUUCUUUGUAACCCUAUGUAUUUCAGUACAUAUUGCAAAACCAUGGCUAUAGCUUUGCACAUACAUAUGAAUGUAGAUGGUUUUGUUUAAUUCAGCUCAUGACCUCCCCUUUUUUUUUUUUUUUUUCCUUCAUAAUUUAUAAAAUGUGUCACAAAUGGACUUUUUCUCUCUCCCAUCAUCAAAUUUUUUUCUUUAACUCCACAAAUUCUUCUUGGUAUCAUAACCAGAAACAGGGAAGUGGUUUUCUAAUAAAAUCUAAAUUGAACAAA